AUGCAAGCGCAGGAUGGGAGGGGAGGCCUUUCUCCGGGCUUGGCUUCCGAGCCGGAAGCAGAACCGCAAGAGGGGCCUCAUGUUGCCUCGCGGCUGGGCCCUGUGCGGGCUGGUGAGUCCCGGAGCAGCACAGCUCUUUACGAGGGCUACGUGGAGCAUCCGGCGCUCCAGUUCGAGAAUGACAUGGAAGAGCAGGACCGGCGGCGCCUUCGACAUGGCGUGAUGGUGUUGGAGGAUGGUGGCAGCCAGCUUCCGAGAUCCACAUGGUCCUUCCUGGAAUCCUGCCUGCCGAGCUGGAUGGAAAGUAUCCUGCGGCGGAAACAGAAGGAACCUACGCCCUUGCAGGCCACGUCGUGGCCUCUGCUGAGGACGAACCGUGACGUGGUUGUGACUGCAGAGCACGGCUGUGGCAAGACACUGGCAUAUGUGGUGCCACUGUUGAUUCGGGCUGCAGCGUUGAGAGGGGAGACCCACGAGCUUUUCCACUGCCUCGAUGAGCUGCCGUGGGAUCAAUGGCGCCAGAGGCCACCCGAUGGCGUGGUCCUUGUGCCGGUCAAGGAGGUGGCAGCCCAGGUGCGCGAACUGAUCGCUCCUUAUGCGGCCGCUGGGCGUGUCAUCGUGGCGGGAGGCAUGGAGGAGCCUGUCUGCAAGCACAGCGAGGCCGAGGCAACUCAACAACGAGAGGCGUCCAGAGCUGGCGUUCUGGUACUGACUCCAUGGCAGCUUGAAUACCAAUCCUGGGUGCUGGGCAAAGACGAGGACCUAGAGGUCCUGAAGCAGGAUGUGCUAGUUGUCUUUGACGAUGCAGACGAGAUUGUGAAGGAUGGCGAUGACGAUGGUGCGCAGGCAAGAACGAUUCUCGAGCUUCUGCCCAAGAGAAGACAACUUGCGUUCUUCUCCACAACCUGGCCACCACGGGCUGAGCAAAUGGCGAGGAGGCACCUGCGUGGAGACGCGGUGGUCGUCCACGCAGCCUUCGAAUGCAUGCAGAAUGCGAGCAGUCACUGCCUCGAGUCGCGAUUUGUGACGCAGCAUUUCAAGGUUCUUCAUCCACUUGCCAAGCCGGAACAGCUCCGCGAGGCGCUGGCGCUGCUGCGGCCCCAAGGCACCUGCAUGGCCAUCGUCUUCUGCAAUGGCGAGGCCGUGGUUGAAAAGGUGGCCGAGCAGCUUGGGGAGCAAGCUUACGCUGCCGUCGCCCUGCACGAUCGGAUGCCUUCGGCCCUGGUCGCGGAGCGGUUCUUGGAGUUGCAGAAGCCCUCGGUGCUUGUCGCCACGACCAUGCUCGGGCGCGGCUUCGAGUUUCCGAAGGUGAAGUGGCUGGUCAACUACGACAUGCCCACAUCUACUUUGGAGUACUUGCAGAGAAUCCGCCUUGCUGCUCGGGCAAGCGGGCCGGGAUCAGCCCUGACUUUCCUCUGCCAGGAGGAUUUGCUUCAGGCACAGGAAUUGUCCACCCUGCUCAAGCUCCUGGGUCAGGAUGUUCCGGAGACCAUCAACAAAGCUGCUGCCAAUCGCCUUGCUUUGCUUCAGAGAACGGAUCCUGAAGAGGCGCUGAAAGACGAGAGGAGGAAUCGACACAGCGGCUUCUUCGCGCGAAGAGGAGGAAAUUGGAAUGGUGGGAGACGAGGAGUUGGCAUAGGCCCGAGGAUGGACAACGUCCCAAUGAACCUCGAUGGGAGCUGGAAGGACUACCACCCGCUGACAGUGGAAGAAGCAGCCGACACCACUGAUCUGCAGAACAGGCAGGCAGCUCCUGCGCCAGCGCUUGCCAUCGACCUCGUCGAGGAUCUGAUCUGCCUCGACUAA